AUGCCUCCUGUAACGCUUUCAGACAAGCUUGUGGAGUAUUUGAGAAGCAAAACACCGGAGGGUAAUAAGGAUGCUGGCCCUACGAUCGAGGACUCCAAUCUCCUCAAGCUCGAACCUCUAAAGAAACCACGGUGUCUCUUUGGCUGUGGUGAAUUUUUUAAUAAAACUUCGCUCACUAGACACGUUAAGCAAACCUAUGAUUUUAAGCACCCUUUCUCCUGUCCGGAAUGCAUGUACCUUGGAUUAGCCGAGAGCUGGAUCGAGGCCAGCCCGUGUGCUUGGAGCAACCACGUCGAGCGAAUAUAUGGCAAGACACAUGUACCUAACGUUUAG